AUGCGUUUUUUCGUUGGUAUUGUAUUUGCAGCCUGCUGCUUCUGGACACCAUCAUACGCUGCUGAAAACACUUUGCCGCCAGCACUUUGGCAAAAUGUCCCAGAUUGUUCGGUAUGUUUUUCGUCGAGUUCUCUACGGCUUCUGUUGCACUCGAGCCUUUUCGGAAACUAACUAUCUUGUAGAUAGGAUGUCUACUCCAAUUUUAUCCACAAUACUGCGGCACUUUCCAAGGUGAUACAACAUGUUAUUGCAAUGAUAUGACACUCCGCGCAGAAACAACUCCAUGUGUUUCAAAUGCGUGCAACAUUACGGAAAACAUCCGCUGGGAAAGAUAUUCAGCCACAACCUGUGGCACCCCAAAUGAUCAAAGUCGUGUCCAAUCCCAACAAUAUACGUACUAUGUCCUUCCGGUUUUAACAGCAGUCUUCGUCGCUGUUCGGCUAUGGUCGAAAUAUGUUUUCGGUGUCCUGGAUUGGGAUGACGCCGCGAUGGUUGCUGCUCUGCUAUUUUACUGUGGUAUUGCUGCAGCAGGAUUGAUUAUGGCCAGAAACGGAUCUGGAUCGCAUACAUAUUGGCUGGACGUCCAGCAAACAAUAAAUUCCGCCAGAGUAAGGACUCCUGGUGUUAGUUAACAGACCAUGCAGCUAAUUUUGCUGCAGCUUUACUGGGUGUCUUCAAUAUUCCAUGUGCUGGCUAUCACUAUGACGAAACUAUCCUUACUUCUUUUUUUCCUACAAAUAUUUACCAUCAAGAGACACCCAAGAGUGAUAUAUCUGAUUAUGGGCUUUAUCGUAAUCUCAAACCUUUCAUUUCUCAUUUCAUUGCUGCUGCUAUGUGUAAGUCGGUUCAUCAUAAAGCCUAGAACAUAUUCGCUAAUCACAUUUCCCAGACGCCAACUCAUGGCAUAUGGACAAACUGGAUGUACAAGGAACCUCCAGUCAAAUGUCUUAACGGGUUCGCUCUAGACUAUGUCCAAUCUUCCUUCAGCAUCCUACACAACAUAAUGAUCCUCGUUUUCCCAGUGCCUAUCCUUUGGAAGUUGGAACUCACAUGGAGAAAAAGAGCCAACCUUAUUGCCAUGUUUUCUGUUGCCUCGUUCGUUCUCAUCGCCAGUUUUAUUCGACUUCCAACCAUGAUAGAAGUGCAAUAUUCACAUGAUCCUUCCUGUAAGUAUUCCACAAUAUUCCCCUCCAGUCACGUUAACUUACACCAAAAAACCAGUCGAUCAAGCUCCCGCAGCUUUGUGGACGAACCUCGAAACAGCCGUGGGAAUCAUGUGUGCUUGUCUUCCUGCUAUUCGCUCUUUGGUUGGAUAUUACUUCCCAAAUAUGAAGCUCACAUUCCUGAGCACCGACGACUCACGCUCACGCUCACGACGGACACCGGGUAACACCCUUCACGGCAAAGAAACACAGGUAAAAUCUCCAGGUUCUACCUUGAAGAAUCCAAAUUUGCGCUAUCACAAUAGAAUAUCCCUGGACUCAGACAUCGAAUUCGAUAUCCGUAGCGAGAGUCCUAAUCAGAGUAGGGAAAGAGGGGCAAGCGUGCAGAGCAAUGAUAGUGAGAGUCCGAUAAAUGAAAGUAAACAGAGGGAAUGGAGCUUGGUCUUGCCUCGGUCGCAAAGUGUUUUAGGAAAGAAAUUCGGGACUUCCUCUCAGGUCGUGGUAGACAAUUCGCCGCAGGGCAGAUGGGUACACGAGGGAGUUAUUGUUAGUACUACCAUUGAGAGGAGGGAGAGUAGAUCUGGUGAUUUAGCGUAUCAUUUAUAAAACCGUUACAUAAUGCUUAAUUUCCAUUUCAAAUUUAUCGGGGCGGGGUGAACAACAACACACACAAUCCUGAAUCUCAAACAGAGCCCCAUGCAAAUUACC